AUGGAUCAUAAAAUAAAGCAAACUUACAAACUUUAGGAGCCCAAGCAAACAUCCUAUAAGCGAGUGAUAUCUACUUCCUACUCUACCUCUAUAUCCAGGCAAAAGCCUUUCAAUUUAAACUAAGACAUCCAUCACCACUUGGUCUCUCCAGAUGAGAGAAAUAAUGAUUUAAAGACUGAAAAAUCCUAAAAUAGUGCAAACUAGCAGUAUCAAUAAUAAAUAGUCGUCAAUAAGUAUCUAUCAGAGUCUAAGGAACGAGACUUAAAGAUCAAUUUCGUCUCAGCCAAUAAGUAAUUCAACACAUAGAGAGAAAAUACUAUCGAAGUCAGUACAAAUAAUUAGAACAGUGCGUAGUUUGAUGUGAACAGCAAGCCAAUAUUUCAAAAUGCAAUACUGAAUCAAACUCAGGAUUACCCAAACGGUAAAUCUUAAUCAAAACCUAAUCUACUGCCAGAUGUUUCUUAGUCAACAAUACCUAUGGUUGAAUUGAUAUCCUAAAAGUACUAGAUUAUGAGUAGUUAAGGCUAGAGAUCCAAAUAUAGAACAACCAAGGAAACUAAGUAUGGAAACAUGAUAUCCAGUAAUAAUCAAGAAAAUCUUCGGAGUACAUUAGAUGGUAUCGAUGGAGGCAUUAGUUUAGACAUGCAGUAGUAAAAACUAAACAUAAUGAAUAGAAGUUUCGUAAUGACUGGGAAUAACAACAAGCGGCAAAGAAUUCAAAAGUUUUCAAAUGAUUUCUAAUCAGUAGAAUUCUCAGGAAGUAAGCAUCUAAAUAUGAACUUACUUUCAGAUAACAACUUCAAUAGUUAAACAAGUAAUUAGUAAAACAACUCUUUAGUUUCCAAUUAAUUCAUUUUACUAAGGAAUCAAAGAUUAAAACUACUUGACACAAUUAAGCGCAAAUCAAACAAUCAUGAAAGCCAUCUAGCCUCAACUAAAGCUAACACUUUGGGCAAUACAAUGGCUAAUCUUAAGAAAUUCUCACAAAAUCAUACUCAGAUAAUCAAACUCUCAGAUAAGGAUAAUGACCAGGAGGCUUUAAAGAUUGAAUAACCCCAGUUUCUUUCUCAUCCUCAUACAUUUAGAGAAUCAAAUGACAUGGACAACCAUGAGAAUUCGCAUAAUUUAGUAGAGGUGGAUAGCAUUAAAAAGCAAAAGUCAGCAGAGAAUAGAUACUACGACUUAGAGUCUAAGCAGGUUCACAUUUAAAACACAAAGACAUUUAGAGUCAGUGAAGUUGGCACAUAAACUGGCAAUGCUGAAUUCCUAUAAAGUCUGGCUAAUCAAAAAAAUGGAAGUCUUAAAAAAAACAUUGAUAACUUAGCUAUGGAUGUGGAUUAGCUAGAAAUGGAGAUAGAGACCAAGAGCAAAGCCAAUCUUAGAGACAAGAUUGCUGUAAAUAGAGACAAGCAUAACAUUUAUGUCUAAUCGUUAUCAAAGAUGGUUGAAUUACUCUAUGAGGAGUAGUAAGGUGUACAGUAACUAUCUUAAAAAAUGAGCUAAAUCCUUAAGAAGUAAUUUAAACGAUACAUAUCUGGUAUUUAGUAAUCUUUCAUGGCUACAAUAAAUUUUCACUACGAUCUUUAGUCAAGAUAGCAUACACAGUUUAACUAGUUUAGAGACUCAAUUAAGACACUCUCAGAAAAGCUUAAGCAGACUCACAUUCUUCUUAUGAAAGAGAGAUAAAUUAAUUUCGAUGAUUAUUUAUCCUUAGAUAAAGAUAACCCAACUAGGAAGGCCUUUGAGUUAGUGAGUUCACUUCACUAAUUGCUUCAAACUGAGUAAAGUAAUAUGACUACAUUGAGUUUUGGAGCAAGUACAACACCAGGUUUAAAUGAUACAGUUCUUACAAUUGCUGAUAUAAAGAGUGUAGGGGGAUACCAAGAGGCAGCUGAUGAUAUACUAGCUGAAUUUGAUAAGAUAGAUCAGCUUGGGGAUACAUUUGACAGAAGAACGAGAAAGACUUAAUUACUAAUGUAGCUAUAAGCCACAGAUGUGACUAGAACUCUGAAAGAAGUGCAUUAAAUACUGAUGCUCAAGAAUUCAUCUGCUUUGAACAAAUAAUUGUAGGAAAAUAUAAACGAUAGUAUGAGGGAUGAGGAGAAGACAUUGAAGUUAAUGCAAGACAUAGAAAAAGAAAUUACAAAUAGGUUUUCCUCUGUCCAAAAGCAGACUGCUCUUAAAGUGCUAAACAGAUAUUUCAAGCCACAAAAAUUUAAAGAGAUAGAAAUACAAACGGAGGAUAACAAAAUAUACGAAAAAUAUCAACUCAAAAAGGAAAUGAUAAAAGAGCUUAAGGUUGAAAAAGAAGGUCUAGAAAAGACUAGUCACGAUUUAAACAAGUAACUAAAGCAUCUUAAUGAUGAACAUAUGAAAGUUAAGAAUUAUCUUAGAGUUCAAGAGGUAAUAUUUAAAGAAUCAGAAGAAAAAAUGAAUGAAAUGUUAAAAAAAGAAGCAUAAACGAAGUUGAGAAAUGAUGACUUGCAAAAAUAGUUAAAUGAAUUAGAUCUUUCGCAUUAGAAAGCUAUGAGGGACAGAGAGUAUUUGUUAUAGAAGAUCUAACGCAAGACUGAAAAGCUUCAAAAACUUUAAAUGAAUGUUGACGAGCUUUCAAACUUAAAGCAGGAAAAUGAGAAAAAGUUGAAGGUUUAGCUGGAUCAGCUGUAAGAAAAUUAUCAGAUUAUGAGUGAAGCUUAUGUGAAAGAGAGAACUGAUAAAGAUGGAGGUCUUGGACCAGAUGGGCUUAGGAUAGACAGCUAUAUUUCUAAAAAUGGCGAUAGGCUCCUUACUGAUUCUCAGAUAACAGGUUCAUAUAAUCAUGAUUCACCAGAACACAAUAGAUACUCAAACAACUCUAAGAGUGAAUUCACUCACAAGUACAACAGACCAAGCUAGAAUAACAGCAUCAAUAAGACUAAUGGCAAAGCAAAUAAUAACAAUAACAGCAACUCAUAGUCCCAUAAAAAUGAAAUGAUUCGUAAAUUCAAUGGAACUGGUGGCACCAUAGACAGUAGUAUAUAGGAGGGAGAUGAGUUUAAAGAGCAUGGCCAUCAAAGUAGCAGGGGGAGACUUGGUGGUCCUGAUGGUAAAUCUCAUCUAGACCCAAGGCAUCUCAAAGGAAAAGGAAAGAAGUAGAGCAGAAGAGUGGAUGGUACCCUUGAUAGUGACGGCAACCUUCACAGAAGUAAAGAUGACAGCUAGGAUUCAAAGAGUUUAGGAAGUGAUGCAGACGAGAACACUAAAAAUCAGAGUUCAAACACUAGAAUCAAGUCUAGAGCUCGCAAUCAUGACAAGGAAGGUGGUAACAGAAAAGGAAAUGAUCCAAACAACCCAAAUGGUACAACAGAUUCCUCUGGAAAUCCUGGUUACAACAAGAGUGUAAAAUUCCAGAAUGACAAGAACAACCUUUCCUUAAAUCAUCGUAGCAUGUUUAACUAAGCAGACAAAAGCUAGGAGAUGUUGCUUUAGGAAUAAGAAUCUUCUAGCAUUGAGAGAUAAGGUACCACUGGGAAGAACAAUGGAAUCAUGUCUAGCAAAUAUGGAGACUAUAAAUUUGCUGACUAUAUGAGACCAAUUGGGAAUAAGCAUAGCAGCAAAGCAGUAACAUAAUUUGAUGAUGUGAGUGGCCAUUUGCUUCACAAUGAAAGAUGUGGACCAAAUUGCUCUCAUUUGCUUCGAGGCAUUAACUCCCCAAAUAAAAACAAAAGAUAGCUACUCCCUCUGAAAAAGUAGAAGCUAGAACUGGAUGAUGAAUUCUGA